CUUUUUGUCUUAUACAGUUAGAAAAGGAUAGUCAAACAAAGAGCAAUCAAUCGACGCUUGUCACGUGAUAGCAUUUGACCAAUAAUUAGCAAACCAGUACAAUGCCAUUACUUUUGGCGGGAAAAAGAUUACUUUAUGUAUUUUGGGAGGUAUUUUGUUUUGUUUGAGCUUAUUAUUUUUAUUUUUAUUAGUUUUCAAGUAUAUUAAAGAUUAUAAAAAUUGCAUUAUUAAACUUUUAAACAAAAAUUGUCCCUAAGGAAAAAAAAGUUAGGUUAUAAUUUUGGACAGCUGAUUUGAAAGGGUACAAAAAAUUAUUAUUGUCCAUUGUCCAAAAUAAACCCACGCGAAUUUGUUGUAUACAAAAAUCUUCAACAAAUAAACUCAGCACCUGCUAAAAUUCCUCAACAGUUUCGCGCCAAAAAAUGGUUUGAGGCAUCAGCUGCGGAAUCCCGCGUUUUGUAAAGGCGUAGUUCUUUGUGUGUGUCAAAAAUCUGGAUAAAAUAAGCUUUCCAAGAUGGUUUUGUCUAAUUCCAGCGAAGAGGAAUUGAAAAAAACCCACCAAGAAUUGUGCAACAAACUCAAUUUGGAUCAGGAAGUUGCUGCUACAGCUUGGGACACUUUUGAAAGUAUUAGCAAGAAGUUUGUUUUGGAGGGUGAAAAACUACAUUGGCUGGGAUGUGCCAUUUAUUCAACUUCACGUAACGUAGAACAAAAAAGCUCAAAGCAAAUAAGGGGUAAUGGAAUAAAUUUAACAAGCCUUUUGAGGCAUAGCAAUUUAAGUUUCGUGCAAUUCUUUACCAACAUUACAAGAUGGUCAGAAAUGACUCAAUUACCAGACGAGUUUCGCAACAAGAUUAAUCACCUAAGGGUCAACUUCAGUACUGCUUCAAACACUUUUAAAAAAUUGCAUCCACUUUUUACAGAAAUUUUUGUGGAGCCUGCACCAAACGCUUUAGAUUUGGAUGCACUGAAACACAAAGGCAGAAGAAAUAUGAGGCCAAUUCCUUGCACUCCUUUGAAAAUUUUAGAGUUUAUUUGGAACUUGUUUGUUACGAUUAAAAUUGAUGAACCCACUUGCAGAAGCGAAAUUAUCAAAGCUCAUCACUUGUUGUUUUGUUGCAUUGAUUUGGUUUUCCAAAAUGUUGUAGCUGCUGAAAUGAGGGAUUUAAUAAAUCCUAGUUUAUCAGAAGAGCUACUUGAACAAGGAGCUGUUAAUAAUGAAGUGCCUUGCAUUGUAAAAAAAUUUUGCAAACAUGAUUUAUUAAUCAAAGAAGCCCUACACAUGAAAGUUUACAUCUUUAGGCCUCUUAUAACAAAACUGAUUAGUAACAGUAUACUUAUAGCAGAUGAAAAUGAUUUUACUGGUAUUUUUAAUGGGGACAACUUUGAGCAAAAUUUCAGAAAUAUUACCAAGACUUAUGAGACACAUCUCUUAAACUAUGGAGAUUUUGAUGAAAGAAUUUUUCUUGCUGAAUUUAAACGAAUUACAAUGGAAAGAGAGCAAAGUUGGACAUCUAUGAAGGUUUUACCUCCAGGAGAUUCAACUGACACAUUGUUAUUAGAAUCUCCAAAAGUUGGAGGAGGAUCUGGUGCUGCGAGAGGUUUUGACACUCCUUUGACCGGUAGAAAGUUUUUGGGACCCAGAGAGGGCGAUACUUUAAUAAGAUCCGCUUCAGAAAAAAUUGCCAGGCUUCAUACUAUGAUUGGAGAUAGAGUUGCUGGGCCCAGUAACAAGUUGAAGGAGAUUUUUGAAUCUUGCCAAAGGAAUCCCUUAACAAAAAUCCAAGAAAACCUCUCCACCAUGAAAGAAAAAUUCAUUGAAACCUACACAUCAACAGGAUAUUCGAUUGAAGAAGCUCAAAAUAGAUCAGAUUUAGGCUUCAUGCUCUUUUACAAAUACGUAGAACUGAUUUUGGCAAAGGAAAAAGAGAUCACUGCAAAUAUUUCAGCUUUAGUUGAAAAAGAAAUAUUCUACCAGUGCAUGUUUGCUUGUUGUCUGGAAAUUGUCCUCUACUGCCACAAUUUUCCCAGGAAAUUUCCAUGGAUUUUAGAUGUUUUAGCUGUACCACCCAUACAUUUUGUCAAAGUUAUUGAACUAAUCGUUCGUACCAAAGAUAAUUUGUUCAGAGAGCUGAUCAAGCAUUUGAAUAGGAUUGAAGAAACUGUAAUUGAAUCGUUAAUGUGGAAAUCUAACAGCCCAAUUUGGGAUGCUAUUGAAAAAUCUGGACAAGGGAUACCUAAAUUUCAGGACACUGCUUUGCCUGGUCAUUUAUUGUAUAAUGAUAUGUCUAAUGAACAUUUAUUACAAUCACCAGGGCCUCAAUCAGCUACAGAUUGCUUUCAAUCCCCUUUGUCACAAAUUUGCAAACCUCUAUUGUUUCCUUCAGCUGGGAAUUUACAAAGUCAUUUAAUUUUGCCAGAUAAGGACGGUAAAAUGAAACUGAUUCCCAUAGUUCAAAAACCAUCCAUUGAGAAUCAACAAAGUAGUCCUGGAGCAAGGCCUGAUCCACAAGCUGCAGCUUUACCAAGACGAACAGGAAGUGUGUCAAUAAUUUUUAGAAAAUUCUAUAAUCUGGCAGGUGUUAGGAUGCAACACCUCUGUUCCCAUUUAGGUUUCGAAGAUUUCGAGCUUCGCCGCAAAAUCUGGACGAUUUUCGAAGACUCGAUUCGACACACCGAUCUCAUCAAAGACCGCCAUUUGGAUCAGUUACUAAUGUGUGCAAUAUACGUCAUAUGCAAAGCGGCCAAAAUUACAAAUAUGCCGAAUUUAUUUGCAAUCAUUAUGAAGUUUUACAGGCAACAGCCGCAAUCGUCCAGUCUUGUUUACAGAGAUGUUUUGAUUGAAAGAAAAAAGACAAAUGAUGAUGGAGAUUUUAUAGAUGAAGAAAGGGGUGACUUGAUACAAUUUUAUAAUUUGGUUUACGUCAAAGAAAUGCAAACUUAUGCCAUUAGGUUUCAACCAAACACAAAUCCCAAUAAUAAUGUCCCACUUAGCCCCCUUCCUGCUAGCCAGAAAAAGUUAAUGUCCUCAAACUUGAGGGUGGUUGGCAAUGUUUUCGUUAAACCUUUGGAAACUUCAAGUACUCCACCUGGAUCUACGUUUAAUUACUAUUUCAGUCGCAGUCCCUCAAAAGAUUUAAUGAAUAUAAACAGUGCAAUAAAUAAUAUGAUUCAAGGAAAACGUCUGAUUAAUGAUAAUGGUACUAUGCCAAGCGCUAAAAGGAUUUCCAAUAGGAAAAUCCAAUCUUUAAUGGAGGAUAGGCAACGUCAUAAUGCUUCUGAGUAAAAAAAAAAACUUGCUCUUAUCCAAUUUUUAACCUAAAUCUUUUUAUUUAUUUUGAGUUUUAUUUUUUUUUAAUAGUUGUAAUUUUUAGUAUUUUAUCUCUCAUUAGUUAGUGGACAAGCUAAUAAUUAAAAAUACAUCAAUAUUAUGUAUAAGUAAAAUGUAAUCACCUGAUUUUAAUUAGUUAAGUUUGUUUUAUAGAGUUUUAUUGU